AUCGACAUAUUUCGAGCUCUACUGAUCAGCCUGUUUACAGAAGUCGCUCAUGUAUAACUACUAAACAAACGACAAGAAGCAUACAGAUACGUUACUGAUUUUUAAAUCUUUGGCAGUAACGACAACCUGUGAAAAUGGCAAACGUGUAUUCAUUCGAUGGUUUACUGGUGUUCGGCUUGCUGUUUAUCUGCACGUGUGCCUACCUGAAGAAAGUGCCUCGAGUGAAGGGCUGGCUGCUGGCAGAGAAGAGAGGGGUCUGGGGGGUGUUCUACAAAGCAUCUGUGAUUGGGACCAGACUUCACCUGACAGUGGCUCUAUCCUGUGUGACCAUGGCGUUCUACGUUCUCUUUCUAAAGUGACCAACUAGGAGACUGGACUGUCUAGUCUGGUCCCAGAUUUGUUUGACAAUGACAACAAUGGAUUUGGCAAGACCGCACAAACAGAUCUGGGACGAGGCUACAUGGACACUGCUACUGAGCUUGGAACCAAUGAACAAUGUGGCGAGAAAAGAGGAUGGGGCUACACACUUUUGAAAUGUGGUCUUCUGUUUGUCAGCACGCCACACACCCUUCACUUUCUUGAAGUGAGAUGUUUAUUUUAUUUGGAAUGGUGAUGAAAAAGACACUGACUGACACAGAGAUCAACAACAUGAGUGUCCCCCUGUGUGCAGUCAAUGGUCAAAAUGGGAUGGUUGAUUUAUCUCUUUCUGUUAAUUCUAAUUAAGGAGUUUUGAGAUUUUAUGUGGGGGGUUUUUGCAAGACAAAUGGUACUGGUGUAAAUAUAUUCCAUGUGCCUGUCUUGUUGAAUUUACUGCCAGUUACUUGAGUGAAGAGUGAGGCUUCACCAUUGUGUGACUAGUGCUGUUGGGGUUCAGGACUUUGGACUAAUGUACCUACACAGGACCAAUGUAUAAUAUAGCCAUUAAUUUGACAUGAAACAUGACACUAAUGAUCUGAACCACAUCUUAACAUUUUCCAGUACUUUGUCCCUUGUUACAGUGAUGCAAAGUGUAUGUUUUUAUAAGUGUGAUGUUCUAAGAUGUGGAUGAGGGUGAACAUGGAAACAAAGUGUUUCAAAUAUAUCACAGUAAAUAAAUGCAUUUUAACAAUUUAUAA